AUGUCCGUUCCUCGCUACCUCCGCACUCUACGACCAACACUCACCGCCCCAUGGCGCGCAUACUCAUCACUUAACCGACCCAACAUCAUCCCCUUCAACUUCUUCUCCGGCUUCGCAGUGGCAAACAUGGCGUCUGCCUCCCUUGACAAUUCUUCCUUCCCCGCAACAUCCUACAAGCCAAAGUACGACAACUGGCCGUACAACGAUUCAGAUUUUGUACGAUACGACGAGAACGACGAUGGCGUAUUCUAUCGGCAGCCCAGACUAGUGACGCAUAUCGACGAUCCGUCGAUAGCAAGGUUAACAGAAUACUACGACACGGCAUUACCAAAGAGUGGGCGAAUCAUGGACAUGUGCACAAGUUGGAAGUCAUUCUACCCCGCGUCGAUCAAAGAAGCGAUUCAGAAGAAGGAGCUGGAGGUUUUUGGUGUGGGGCUCAACGCGGAGGAAAUGGCGCUCAAUGGCGUGUUUCAGGGUCCAGAUCGCUGGCGUGUCAUGGACCUCAAUAAACCGCCACAUGAUGUACGUGCUGCGUGGGAACAAGGGCGCGACUUGCGGUUCGAUGCGGUGACGUGCGUGGUCAGCAUCGACUACCUCAACAAACCGUUGGAGGUGUGCAAAAAGCUUCUAGAGGCGACAAACGAGGGCGGCAUGGUUCAUCUUGUUAUCAGCAAUCGAUGUUUCCCAAACAAGGUUGUUAGGAGGUGGAUGAUGCUUGAUGAACGGUCGAGGCUGGAGUUUGUAGGUGACUAUCUUCACUUUGCGGGGUGGAAGGAUGUUGAGAUUGUUGAUCUUUGCGCGAGGGACGACAGUGGAAUGAGGGUUACGGAUGAUCAGGGGACUGUACUUGUGAGAUCGCCUUAUCUGCCGGACCACUUGGAUCCGUUGUGGGUUGUAAGGGCUAGGAAAGGGAUGUGA